AUGGGGAAAGUGUCACGUGCAGCGAAGAUCAGAAGAGCACGACAUACAGUGCUGCUGAAAGCGUCAGGUGGCAGUGAUCUGAUACCCCUGCUCGGUGUGAACCUGUGGCCGAAGGAGCCAGCGCCCCGAUUCCUGCUGUGCCCUGACUGGGCUUUCUGCGAGUUCCUGCCCUGCCCGGCCGAGGAGGAGCCACGGACAGUGCUGCUGGGCGAGCUCUGGGAGGGACGCGAGUAUGGGCUGGUCCUGACGGCCCGGCCGGGAGACUACAGGUGCCGUGCCGGGGAGGUGCUGAGGGUGGCUGGCUUCCACAAGCAGUGUCCCGUGGUGGAGCCUGUGCGCAGGGAGAGCCAGGCGCUGAGCGUGCGGGGCGAGAGCAUCCCCGAGGAGCGGUUCUUCCAGAGUCUGUGCCGCGCCGUGGGCAUGUGGCCGGGUGCUCGCCUGGUCGACUACGUCUGCGUGGAGAGUGCCCUGCUGGGCACCUCCUCGGGGGCCUGCGCCCCCCACUACGAGGUGUUCGUGGAGCUGCGGGGCCUGCGGGACCUGUCAGAGGGGCAGCGCUACAAGCUGGACCAGUGUCUGCAGGAGGAUUUCCCCAUCUAUAAGUCCUUCCGCUUCAAGGGCAGCAUCGGGCCCCUGCGCCUGCACCUGGUGGGGGCCGGGGCCUUCGCCCGGCUGCGGGAGGCACUGGUCCCCCUCCCCAUGCCCAGGGUCCUGCGGGAGGAGCGGCUGCUGCAGCUCAUCCAGAGCACUGUCAUCUCCUAGGGCAGCCUAGGCGUCCCGCAGCCCUCCUGCCCCUGGGGUUUGCUUGGUGUGCGCCCUCCAGGGAGGGAGUAUGGCCGAGUCCCUGGCGGGGGGCACGGGGGCAAGGGUGCCCAGCCCCGAAGGGUUUGGCUGAGCAGAGCGGAUGGAACCAGCAAGCUCGACCAUGCCCCUGCUCCACAGUGGCAGCAGGCACCGGUGGGCGCCACGCUCAGUGCUGCCCGCGGGGAUGGAGCAGGACAUGCAGCACACCCCAGCCCUGGGGCCAGCCCCAGGCACUCGCCAGCAGACCUGACCCUUCGCCGGGCUGUUCUGGGCACAGGGUGGGACUGCGGGUGCUUGUGAGCGUCACGGGGGCAGCUGGGUCCUGCUGCCAGCGGCCACAGCUCGCCCCGCUCUGCUCGAUGCCUCGGCAGCGCCCGCAGGCAGCCGCGGUGGAGCAGGUGCCUGUGCCUUUCCCGAGGGACGCCUCGGCCGUCACAGCCCGUGGCCAGUGCUGGGGGGACAGUGGAAACCUCCCCAGGAGCAGGCGGAGCAGCGGAGCCUCGGGCCCUGCGGGAGCUUGGCUCAUCCCUGCACUGAGCUCCGGGGCCCUGUGGCAUUUUGUCCCCUGGCAGGGACACCAUGGGCAGGGACACCACAGGCAGGGUGUGGUGUGGCUGGUGGUGGCAGGUGCCGGCUGCUGUGGAGCAGCCCCUCCGCUGGGCUCCAGCGCACGUCCGCUGGUUUAGGAAACAAUAAGCUCCAGCAAGGGCUGCUUUUAAUGUUUAAAAAACCAGAAGCCGAAUAAAGGAGGAUUAUCUCUCAAAAAUAAAUAAAGGGCAGCGCUCUGGGAUUGAUUUUUUUAUACUAUGAUUUUUAAUCCUCAUUAAAGAGAUUGCUUG